AUGUGGGAUUCAUUACCUUCUGGAACUUGCACUGUUCCUUUACCCAACUUGAGUCCUGGUGAGGCGUGGAAAACAUUCGAAGCUGCUACUCCACUACAACUGGCAAACUGGCCUCUACACCGAUUCGAUCAACUGCUAUAUAUGCUAUCAAAAGGUGGGAUGCCUAUCAAAAAAAGAAUUCAGCAGGUUAAGCAGGUUAUCCGGUUAAUGGAUCUCAAUGGAUAUCCUACCAAAACUUACUCGUCCUUGCGUACGGUCGCUAUUUUGUAUGCGCGCAAUGGUGACUAUGAUCUUGCACUGAAACGCAUCGGCUUGUUGAAUACUCUCCCGCUUCUCUCUGUCCAACCCAGAGAAAUCGCCAUGGCUGAUACCACCACUCAAAAUACUACUAGUCCACAGACAAUAAGAUCAAAUAUUGAUCUGGAAAUCAUCGAGGCUAUGAUUAUUAGCAGUGCUCUGUCAAACUCGGUAUAUUCAUCUCAUUCAAACGCUCGCAAAUGGUUUGACCAACUCCGCACGAUUGGCAUUUCCCCAAAAGAUAUUCCGUGGCGCAUCUAUUACCACAUGUCUGAUGCUUACCUUACUUCUCACAAGAUUGAUCACGCUGCAAAAUGGAUUGAUGUCUUGACCCAGCACGAUAAACUUUGCGAAGCAGAUCCCGAUAUUUUUGUUUGGUUGUUGAAUCGCAGCUGCACUUUGGGGCUAGCACAGGCUGCCAUGAUGUGGUUUGGACAGAUUGUUGCUUCAGGUCGCACUCCUCCUCCUCAAGCAUUCACCUCGCUAAUUUACAUGUGGCUUAAAAGGGGUAAUAUUGUUGAAGCAUUGAAGGUGCGCUCAAGUAUGAAGGAACUGGAAGUAGAGCUGGACCGAAAAGCCAACGAACUGUUGGUUUUGGGUUUGUGUCGCGAAGGUAGACUUUCAGAAGCGCGCAACAUCAUUAAUGACAUGCGUAAAUCCCACCAGCAAGUGGGCAUCCAUAUCUACACCAAACUCAUAUCUGUUUGUAAUCAGCUAGGACUUUUUGAUUUGGCCGAGAUUUGGAUUCGGAAGGUUUUCUCUUCUAAAUACCUUAAAAUCAGCAAUGUAUUCAUUGUGACCGUAAUGCAAACAAAGUAUAUGACUAUGGACUAUAGCGAGUUUCAAAAAUAUCAAGACAUGUUUAAUCCAAACGAGGAGCGAUGCUCACAUACCACAUUUAAUCAUUUUAGAAAAAAAGGCGAGGCGUUUGCAUUGGUUAACGAAAUUCAGCAUUUGCUGACUAAAGAUCAAUACAAUUGGCAGCAGGUGAUCAAAUUACGAAGAAGGAUACAUAUGCUUGGAUUGAGCUUUCCACCUGAAUUGUAUAUCCAAGUUAUGGAUUUUUUGUUGAAUCGUGACGUUGCUCGAAAUACCAAGCUUGAUGCAAAUGAUACACACAAUGCUGACGAAAACACCGAGCAUCACACUUUAGAUGUAGCAAGAUACGAUGACUCCAUGGACCGAGCCGAUCAUGAUAAAUCCUUUUACAAUAAUCUUUGGGAAAUCAACCACACUCUACAGCCACGCAAGAGUAUUUAUAAACUCACAGAAAUGAAAGCCAUGAAAGCCAUGCUACUUUUUCAAGAUGCACAAAAGUAUCCACUUUACAAGCCUUCUCUUGAUCAUGCCCAUACACUGCUCCACAUGUUCUACAAGCUGCGCAACGCGUAUUUCAUUUCCGAACUGUAUGACAUUACUCAUUCCAUUGGAAUUCGCAUUUCAGUUGAUUAUCUCGAUCUAGUUCUACCAUUUAUGUCUAGUCACAAUGCAUAUCUUGAUUUUGUCAACAAAGUUGCCGAAAAUAUACCAGAGCAAAUCAAGCCGCUGAGUGCCGAGUGCAUGACAUCAAUCACGACAUCAUUCAUCAAGUUUGAGGAUGCAGAAUCGGGUUUACAAUGGGCAUUAAAAAUGUAUCGCACGCACGGAAUAUAUCUCAGUCGAAACUGGCUUGCGAGGCUUUUUGGAUUGAUGAUUGAUCAAGGUCAUUCCAAAGCAAAAAUUUUGUCACGUAUUGCUACGCUGAGUCCACCAACUUCUGUCUCUACAACUCUAAACAGCACUGACAGCCGCGUUCAGUCCAAACCAAAUGCUGAUAAGCUCAAUACGGCACUAGUAUAUCUGCAAGCCAUGCAGCUGAGUCGUGGUGCAAAAGCGGCUGUAUCGUGCCUUGAAAAUUUUGAACAUGAUGGAGUUUUAUUUGGCACAGAUCAGAUUCUUCAAAUGAGCGAGUUUUGUAUUAGCGCAGGACACCUUUACGAUGUAUCUGUAUGGACAAAGUUGGCUCGAUCACGGAUUUCAUCAUCAUUAUCUUGUAACAUGGAUACAUCUGCUUUAUGUCAUAUUGAAGAGGCUGAAGCUGAGUGGUUAUACGCCACAAAGACGGUACUGGAUCCAUUACAGGAUCUAUGUUUGGCAGCCACACCCAAUGAGCCUAGCAAAAGAUUGAAAUCACUCAUGAAUGCUUUUCAAUACUCUGCAGAUAUAUUGAGUGCGUGCAAGCAUAGAAAUAUCGAUGCUAUUAUUAGUAUUUAUCGAGUGCACUUUUACAAAGUGGAGGACAUGCCGCCACCGUCCAUUCAAGCCAUUCACGGUAUAUCUCAGCUUGCUAAAACUGACAAGAGACUUUUGUUUACUCUAGUUCAUUCCAUGCGUUGGUUGCUUCAGUCAUCAUGGAGUCUUUGUUGUCACGCAGCACUGAUUAAUAAUCUGAUGCUUGUCCUGGAAAAGUAUAAUCGCCAUAUUGCUUUACAUUGGGUUUUCAAGCAUGCGAUAAACUUGCCGCGACAGAUCUACAUUACCAGCAAGACUGGUGAUAAACAUCCUGUGCACAUGCAGUUUAAACCUUCACAAAAGGUUUUGAAUCGGCUGAUUGUGCUUGCUGCCAAAAAAGUGUACCACUCUGCCAAUGGAAGUAAAAGCAAUGAUGAGCUGAUGGAUCGUGCUAUUGAAAAAUUGAAUAUGUAUUUGGAUUGUGCGAGGAUUAACCCGCCUAUUACAGAUAUUCAUAGCACGACCAUGGAUGAAGUCAUCAGAGCUUAUAAAUAUGUUGGACACUACCCAGAUGUUGCAUAUUGGGAAGGAUGUUUGAAAGAGUGGAAGAAACAGCGAAUGCGAAUAUGA